ACUUGGUGGCAACGCCUUUCAAUCUGUUGUUUUGAUGAGUAAUUUUCAAUAUUAGCAUUCCCCUGCACGGUUCUCCUGUCGAAUAAUAAUUAAUUUGGUAAAAUGGAUUGGCUCUUUGGCAAGAAGAUCUCACCGGAUGAGAUGCUGCGCAAGAAUCAGCGAGCCCUAAACAAGGCAAUGCGUGAUUUGGACCGUGAGCGAAUGAAAAUGGAUCAGCAAGAGAAGAAAAUCAUUGCGGACAUUAAGAAAAUGGCCAAGGAGGGACAAAUGGAUGCCGUCAAGAUCAUGGCCAAGGAUCUGGUGCGUACGCGUCGCUACUCCAAGAAGUUCAUGCUCAUGAAGGCAAACAUUCAAGCCGUCUCGCUUAAGAUACAAACGCUCAAAUCUCAAAACACAAUGGCACAGGCCAUGAAAGGUGUGACAAAGGCCAUGCAGAACAUGAACCGGCAACUGAAUCUCCCGCAAAUACAAAAGAUCCUCCAGGACUUCGAGAAGCAAUCGGAAAUGAUGGACAUGAAGGAGGAAAUGAUCAACGACGCCAUCGACGAUGCCAUGGAGGAUGAGGGCGAUGAGGAGGAAACAGAUGCAGUCGUCAGCCAGGUGCUCGAUGAACUGGGCUUGCAGCUGGGCGAACAAUUGGGCGAUCUACCAAGCGCCUCCGGCUCCCUAUCCAUAGCAGGCGCUGCUGGUGCACAGAAGACACCUGCUGCCAUUGCUGCAGGUGGCAUCGGUGGCCCUGGACCGUCAACAGGUGGUGGCGGUGGUGGUGGUGCUGGCGGCGGUGCGGGUGCUGGGGCGAGUGGCGGCAGUGGUGGAUCCACGCCCAUGUCCGAUGCAGACGCCGAUUUGCAGGCGCGUCUCGAUAAGCUGCGCAAGGAUUAGUGUUAACGACCGCCUCCACCUCUGACUCUGCCUCGUUCUACAAAGCAAGAACCGCUAUUGUUUUUGCAAGUAACACACAAAAUGUUAUCGAAUGUUUAAAUUGCCUGACGAAAAGAAAUUGUAAUCGCUAUCGUGUAAACUUUA